CUUUCUUUCUCCACCACAGAUACUUUGGCCUCCAACACCAUGGCCUCUGACCUGGAAAGCAGCCUCACCUCCAUUGAUUGGCUCCCUCAGCUAACUCUUCGGGCCACUAUUGAGAAAUUAGGCAAUGCUUCUCAGUCAGGCCCCCCUGGAGCAGGUCGGAAGUGCCCUCCUGGUUCACCUACAGACCCCAAUGCCACCUUGAGCAAGGAUGAUGCUGCAGUUCACCAGGAUGGGAAGCCACGCUACAGCUACGCCACUUUGAUCACUUAUGCUAUCAAUUCCUCACCUGCAAAGAAGAUGACCCUCAGUGAGAUCUAUCGCUGGAUUUGUGACAACUUUCCAUACUACAAGAAUGCUGGCAUUGGAUGGAAGAACUCAAUUCGUCACAAUCUGUCUCUGAAUAAAUGCUUUCGAAAAGUGCCUCGCCCCCGGGAUGACCCUGGAAAGGGUUCUUAUUGGACAAUUGAUACGUGUCCUGAUAUUUCCCGGAAGAGACGGCAUCCACCAGAUGAUGAUUUAUCACAAGAUUCCCCAGACCAAGAGGCAAGCAAAAGCCCACGGGGGUCUGUACCUGUUGGGGCAGAAGCAUCACUGUCCCCUGAAUCUACUCAGCAGCUGUCAUUGCAAAGCACACCACCUAUUGGCAAUUACAGCCAGCAAAAUGCAGUCCCAGUUGAUGUGGCAGCUACAGUGGCAGGUGGACAGGGCCGUGAAGGAACAGAAGUGCCACCUCCACACUAUAGUACCAGCAAUGACUUGAAAUUCUCUUAUUCUGAGAUCAACUUCCAGGACCUGAGCUGGUCUUUCCGAAAUCUCUAUAAAUCCAUGCUUGAGAAAUCCUCUUCUUCCCAGCAUGAUUUCUCUUCCCUCCUGGGUGACAUGCAGCCCUCCAACCACAAUUACUAUAUGUACCAACAGCAGCAGGUGCCCUCAUCAGUGGGAGCACCACCCCCACUCCACACUCCAACCUCAGAAGGUUGUCCAUCCCAGGGUAGCAAGCAACAAGGUGACAGCUAUGGACCCCCACCUGUGAUGUCCAUUCACCCAUCCUCAAUGCAGCAUGGAGGAUAUCACCAACAUCAACAGCACCAUCCACACCCCCAUUCACAGCAGCAGCAGCAACAACAACAACAACAAUCACAGGCUUCCAUCAAUAAUGCUAGCUUUGCAUUUCCUGAGUGGUGCUCCAGCAUUGAUUCCCUAAAAGAAAGUUUCAAGAUGGUGAAUCGACUCAACUGGUCUAGCAUUGAACACUCCCAGUUCUCAGAGUUGAUGGAGAGUCUGCGCCAAGCUGAGCGUAAGAACUGGACCCUAGAUCAGCAUCACAUUGCCAACCUCUGUGACUCCCUCAAUCACUUUCUCACCCAGACCGGUCAGCUCCCUCAUCUGGGAGGCCCACAGCAGCCUCCCCGAAUCUCCGAGUCCUGUGCCAUGAAUAGUGGCAAACAAGAGCAGCCCAUGAACCAAGUGAACUCUUAUGGUCAGCCACAGCCUCCCCAUCUCUACUCUGGGCCAUCUCCAAUGUACCAGAUUUCUACCCAAGAUACGCCAGGGUAUAAUCGUCCAGGUCAUCAUCUGGUUCAGCGGCCACCUCCAGGUGCCAGUGAGGAAAUCCCUGAUGAUUUCAACUGGGAUUUGAUCACCUAGCAAGUUAGAGACUUGAUAGCACAUCCCUCGUAUAGGGUGUGGGAAGGAGAGCCUAGGUUUCUGGUCACAGGCCAGCAUCCUUGGUCUCUUUCCUUGCCUGUAUAUAGAUAUAUAUUCUCUACUUCGCCAGAGAAGAAGCCGCAAGAUGCUGCCGAAGAUAAUCCUUCCUUGCGCUCCCUGUUUUACCUUCUUUUCUUCUUCGUUGUCAUCAUCAUCAUCAGUAAUUGUGCACAGCCCUCCCGCUCCAUCUACCAGCUUCGGAUUUUACAUGUUUAUUGGCCCUUGUGUGGGAUGGAGAGAAAGAAGACUGUUUGGUGGUGCCAUGAGAAGACCUCAGAUGGAGGAUUUCUUGAGGGCAUCUUUUUCUUCCUCUAGCACUUGCGUCUAACAAUCCCUCUUUUCCUCCAUGGUAGCCAGUGACUUUUUUUUAUUGGCUAUGAGAGAGUAAGAGAGCCCUGUGGAUCUUGAGAGUCUGUAAUAAUUAUGUUCUUUCAUAAAUGUUGUAACAAAAAGGGGGGAGGGGGGCUAGAUUGGUGUUGAAGGGAGAUUUGUGGACUGUCUUACAUCAGAAAGGGACAGCUAGAAAAGUAAUGGAAUAACCAAGGCAGAUAAUGGGAAGCUUUAGGGUGUGGUAAAUAGCUGUGGUUUGACAAAAAGAGAGAGGCCCUGAAUGGAAAGCAAAGACUCAUUUUGAGACUGAAACACUGUAGUUAGGGGUCUGCUGCUUAUGGGGUUGAGUUUCUGUGGAAGAUGAAGGGGGCCUUUGCCAUUUUUCUACACUGCCUUUUUUCAAUCACUGCCAUUUUGCACUUGCCCCCCUUGGCAGAUGAAGAAAGCUUGACAGUUGUGACUUUUAACAGCAUCAUGUGGGUUGGGUACCGAGAUCUAGCCAGACUCCUCAGGGCUCAUCAUAUCACACUUUUUUCUCCUUUGCCUUUUCUCAUAAUGCAACAAAGCACUUACCUGAAUAUGCUGAUAAAACAUAUAAAUCAAGAAGUAUUCCUCUCCCCUGCAACUUUUGUUUAACUUGUGAAUUUCACUUCCCCUCAAAUUCUUUUAAAAGGGACUGUGGCUUGUAAUGCAAGGGAAGAAGCUGAGGGUGUCUUCUCUGCCUUAUAUGAAGAAGUGAUUGAUGUGAAUGAUCUAAUGUGAAAAGAGGAAUGUAUAGCUGAGUUGAGGUUGGUGGGUGGAGUUUAAAACUCUCCCAUUGAGACUAAUAGGCACCUUGCUGCAGGAGAUAUGGAAAGUGAAUAGCUGGGAAAGAAAGUUAAAAAGGCUCCUUCCAAAUCAGGUGUGAUCAACAAGGUCAGAUAUUCAGUUGUAUGGUAGUCCUUAGGAUAGGGGUGGCAUGCACCAGAGCAAAGAGGGUUGUACCUUUCCAUUUCUACUGCCUCAGAAGGCUGCACAGAACCUGAGCAGUCACCAUUUGAGGCAACCAGAAGUGAUGACAUGUUAUUCUUGGUCACCUUUGAGGCCUUUUUUGAAGGGGGAGGGGUGUUCUUGUUUUGAGGUGUGGGAGCAUCUUAAACAGCACUUCAUGGCACUUUCAAGCACUUAGAACUGAUGGGGAAAGAAUUUUUUUUGGCCAAAAAUAAGGUGCGUGUCCAAUUUGGGUGGUGAUGCUGGGGCUUGAGAGUAUCAUUAGGGGGUCCCACAGGCCAUGCUGGGCCUGCAUGUGACCUGUCGUCUGCACAGUUUCUAACUCUGCCAUAGGAGGUAUUAAAGGGCAGCAGUGCCAAUUUGGAACUGGAUUUCAGCUGGAUCUGGACGGGUGGCCCCUCCCCGCUGCUUUGUGUUCAAUUUCAGGUGUGACUCUCUUUUGCCAGACCUCUUCAUGCUCUUCCAACUAAAGCCUGCUUUGUAUGUCAAGGGGAAAUUAAAUUGGAAGUAAAACCAUCAUGGAAAUGUCCUAUGCCAGGGGUGGGAAAGUUCUGUAGUACCAUUGCUUUUAACUUGCUGUUUCAUUGGAUUUGGGAGGGAGGGACAUUUGUGGUUGUUGGGGGAACAGUCAUCGUGUGUUCUGAGAGGAGUGAAGAGUCCCUGAGCUAAACUCAUGGAAAAGUUAUGACCGUUGCCUGCACUUUUUCCUGCACAAGAGGACUGUGAUACGACCAGAAGGGCCUUGGUGAGAUUCUCUGGAACAUAAUGUAGAGGUGACUUUCCCUUCUGAUACCAAUCAGUGCUUUAUUUGAGAACAAGAGCCACAGAAGGGUACACUUGGCAUUUCAAAGAACAUGGGGAUGGGGUAGGGGAAAAAGAAGAUCAUGCCAUUAGGUAUUAAAAGGCUCCUCAUUCAGUUGUUCUGUUGCACCUUGUUUGCAUAUGUAAAUAUAUGCCAGUCAGUGUGCAUAUUAGCUCCAUCCUCCAUUUGCCUCUGAAUUAACUGUAUCAUUUUUGAGCGGGUUAGUAUUGGAUUGGGCACAUGGAGUCACAGACUCAUCACUGGAAUUCUGCACUGAGGAUCUGACAUGGCUUGUCCUGGAAAAGGAAUCAGCGCAAAGGGUGGGCAGGGCUGGGCAGCCUGCUGGUUUGCCAAGGAGAGGAAUCCCUCAUCUGCCCACCAGCUGCAGUGCAACCCAAAAUGCUUUAUGUCAAGGAAAUGAGAGAGGGGUGUGGCCUCACAAAUUUAUUUUUGUGCAUGCUUUCUUAAUUAAAAAAGUGAAUGUUUAUGGUUUAA